AAGAGAAAAGAAAACCAACGGCAAAAUGGAGAAAACAAUUAAAAUGGAAAAUGGAGUAUUUGUCACAGAAACUAAUAGAGUAUUUAUGUCAACCAAAUUGGCAUACGCUUUGGGACAUAUUUUCAAUGAUUUGGCAGCAGCUAUGUGGUUUUCUUAUACUUUAAUUUACCUUCAAAAAGUUGCUCUAAUGGAACCAAUAAUGGCUGGCACAUUAUUAUUAUUAGGUCAAAUUGUGGAUGCUUUUACAACACCAAUCUUUGGUUUUCUUGUUGAUCGUUAUUGCAAGAAAAAGAUUUGGCACAUUAUUGGCUCCAUAUUAGUAACAUUAAGUUUUCCGAUGAUUUUUGGAGGCUUCGCUAAUAGUCCUAGCUCUAUUAUUACAUUCUUCUACAUAAUGAGUAUCGUCAUCUUCCAAAUUGGCUGGGCAGCAGUACAGAUUUCACAUUUGUCAAUGAUACCAUCGUUAACAAGUUCAUUACUUGGUCGAACAGAGUUAACAGCGAUAAGGUAUUCAGCACAGGUAAGCGCAGCAGUUGUAGUUUUCAUUGUUACGUGGAUAGUCCUUCCAAAUAAUGGGGAAUCCAUGGUGUUGCUCGAUGAAAAGGAUGACUACAAAUUCAGAAAUAUUGUCAUAGUUAUAACCGGUAUUGGUUUGACUGCUACUACCUUCUUUCAUAUCUUUUUGAAAGGAAACUUAUUAGAAAAUGACAAUCAAUCACAAAAUAAAAUGAAUAUCGAAGAAUCUACUUGGCUUUUAGAUGGUUUAUCAGGACCUAGGAGAUCAUGGUUUGCAACAUCUAUUUUACUCAGAGUAGCAAUGUUAUAUGUUGCAAGUAGAUUAUUUAUAACUCUUGCUACAGUUUAUUUACCACUUUAUAUUGAAGAAACUGCAGUUGGCGGUAAACAAGCAUUAGCCACUGUACCAUUAGUCUCUUACCUAUCAUCAUUUGUAGCUGCAUUGUUACUCAAAUAUAUGAACAGAUCUUGCGGUACCAAGAUUUGUUACCUUACUGGAGCUCUCAUCGGUAUUCUGUCAGCGGCCAUUACGGAAUUUGGCGGCAGUCACGGAAUUAUUACAUACUCGAUAGCAAUUUUAAUCGGCGCAGGUAGUUCGAUUACUAUGGUAACGGCACUAAGUGUGACAGCUGAGAUCAUUGGUCCGAGAACCGAAAGAAGUGCAUUGGUUUAUUCGAUAGUAACAUUUCUCGAUAAAGUCGUCACCGGAUUGGUCGUUGUUCUUAUUGAACGAUGGAGAUGUCAUCAACAAGAAUUAUGUCCAAAUUACAAUCGUGACACAUUAGCAAUAGUUUGUGCAUCAUCGAUGCUACUUGGUCUUGUCACUUUAAUAUCAGUAUCACGUUGCUUAACAUGAAUAUGUUCGUUAUCAUUAUUACUAUUAUUAUUAAUUAUUAUUAUUUUACUAAUUGUUUGUUGUCUUUUUUAUGUUUUUGU